GAACCCCUUUUCCCAUCUUUCCCAGCCGAACCGUCAAACCCAAGACAUACAAGAAAGAAAACCAGAACAAAACCCUUUCAUCUCUUUUUCAAAACCUCCGAAACAUUGAAAACAAAAGCAGAAAAUCUCCCCUAUCCAUCCGCACCGUAAAAAUCAGCCAUCAUGACCGAUCAAUCCGAGAAGGUCAAAUCAUCAGACGGCCAGCAUUCAUCAUCAGAUUACUCUCCCUACCCGAAACUAGAUCCGAAAGACGUUGCUCCCAUUCAGGAGAACUGGGGCACCUUCGUCAUGGGAUCGUCGCCGUCCGAUGAUCCUUCUUCAGCCGCUGUGAAGGCUGCGCCAUCAUCGUCACCCAAAUCCGUCAGCUGGAGCCCUGAAUUAGAGAACAAUCCCUCUCAUGCAACGACGAUGCCGCAAGAAUCCAAUCCCUAUGUUUCCCCGUCACCCGCCCCUGCCCCCGCCAGAAAUACCAUAGAGACAUUCCGUGGGGUGCUCGAUAAAUGGGGAAAGAAAAUGGGAGAAGCGGUGAAAGAGGCUGAGGAUCUUGCAGGAAAUGUUUGGCAACACUUGAAAACAGGCCCUAGUGUUACUGAUGCUGCCAUGGGGAGGAUUGCUCAGGGAACAAAAGUGUUAGCUGAAGGUGGCUAUGAGAAGAUCUUUCGACAAACUUUUGACACAGUUCCUGAGGAGCAACUUCGGAAGUCAUAUGCUUGCUAUUUGUCAACGUCUGCGGGUCCUGUUAUGGGAAUUCUAUAUCUUUCAACUGCAAAGCUUGCAUUUUGUAGCGACAAUCCUCUUUCAUACAAAGUUGGGGACCAAACAGAAUGGAGCUAUUAUAAGGUGGUUAUUCCUUUGCAUCAACUAAAAGCAGUUAAUCCUUCGGUUAGCAAAGUCAAUCCUGCUGAAAAAUACGUUCAGAUCAUCUCUGUUGACAACCAUGAAUUCUGGUUCAUGGGUUUUGUUAACUAUGAAAGCGCCGUAGCACAUCUACAAGAAGCUAUGCAUGGUCAUGUCCCACUUGUAUGAUGUUCCUCAGGUUUGGGACCAGAAUCUUGACCAUUUCGCAAAGAUGUGUGCUUCAUGUCACCUUGAAAUAUGACAUGCAUGAUCAGUGGGCAAUACUGCAAUUUUCUAGAGAAAAAUGUCGCUGCUUGGUUGAACUGGUCUAUGUUCUUUUAUUCAUGUAGUGAUUGUAGAAGUUCAUUCCAUGACAUAUCUUUGCUAGACUUCAAAAAAAAAAAAAAAAAAAAAAUCCUCUAGACUUGGGUGUAAAUUUUUAAAUGAUUUUGUAUUACAUUGAUGGCGUGUUUACUGCUAGUCAAUAAAUUCUGAAGAUCUCAAA